AAGUAUAUUAACAUUUAAAAGUUUGUCUGAUCAACCCAAUGAGAAAUUUCUAAGCAAAUGCAUUUUAAAAAGCACUAAAAAAACACACCCAUGUGCAGAAGUCAGCUCGUUCUUUGCCUCUCAUUAUGGACUUGCGCUUAAAUGAUUAACAGGUCCGUGCUGACUUGUUGCUGCUUUCACCUUAAAUUAAGUCUGUACACGCCAUACUUGAUAUUUGGUGCCGUUUGAAGCUACUGUGCUGUGCUGCUAUCAUGUGAGAACCAUUAGCCUUCUCACACGCACGCGCUAACGCGCACAGGUCAGGUGAGGAAGUGGGUGGAGUUUUCCCAGCUCUGCUCAUUUGCAAUGGAGAUGUAGUUUUUGUUUGUUUUGUUUUUAAGCACAUAUCCGCUCACUUUGCUUUGAUGAUAGCUCCCGCUUUAUUCAAGGCCGAGUCGUAAAUCCCCCGAGCCCUUGCCUGGGUUGAGCCGAGCGGCACAGUGCAGCUGUGGCCGUUUCCUACUCGAUUCUGAUGCUGAUUGGCCUCGUUUAGAGCGGCCAUUGGCUUUAUUUUCUGCACUGCCCGGCAGGGCGUCCCUCCACGGCCAUUAUCAUGGUCACACCCACCCCCCAGACACGCGGGCAUCCCUAGGUAGCAAACGAAACGAACCCGCGGUGGGAGUGGGGAGGAACUUUGCUGAUGAGUUUUUAAAAUACUAAAUCAUAAAAUAAAAUUUUUAUUUUAGUGUUUUGUUUGAUGCAAGACUGCACGGACAUUAUAUUGAGCUGUAUAAUAUAAAGAGCGUUAAUAUAUUCUUACUAUUACAUUGAAAAUAUAUGUUAUCCAUACUGUAUAGCUCUUUCAUUUAUAGCGAAGACUAUUUGUUUAGGUUUAGUUUCGAGGUGAGAUGGACCAGCAACAUAUUGUAUUAUGUACAUUAGAUAUACAUUAGUUUCUGAUGAACUAUAAAAUAUGAACGUCUUUAUCCGAUAUCACAGAUUAUUUUAUUGACAGAGAUUUUUUUAAGUAAAGCAGGAAGUCUUAAUUUAUGUACGUAGAAUAUAUAACUCAUUUUACCAAUACAUUUACUUAAACAUGAAGAACUUCUUAAAUCAAAAUACAAUACGGUAUAGAGUAUUUAUGGUUUAUGUGAAUUAUACACGAUAGCAAUAAUACAACUAAAGUCAACUAACUUCACGGGGGAUCAUUGUUAAUUUCUGAUAGUCGAUAAUGCUAAUGUGUAAGCUCCAAAUGAGUGGCGCGUCAAGUCUAUAAUAUCACUUUACCAGUGCUCGGACGAGUCCCAUUCGGAAAUGCAUAGAGAUUUAAAUAUUAACUAACGUUUGCCUGAGUAGAUUGACUCCCCCACCUGUUCGAUCUCCUCCUUUGGAAUCCCGCUGUGGUGGGGGAUCUUGUGAUAGGUCCACAGGACCCCCACCCCGGGUGGGUCUACCCUGCUGGGUAAAAGCCUCCCAUCUUAUAAAGCUUCUUACCUCCGGUCACAGCAGAGGUGGACGAGCACAGGCACUUUUACGCACGAGUGCUUUGGGUUUUUAUGCACGGCGCGUCGUGCUUCAUUUUUAGGGGGUUGGGGAUUUUGAACGUUUGUGAACUUUGCCAUGACACUUUCCGGCGAAUACGACUCUUCCACACACGCCGAGUUGCCUCUGGAGGAAGACGAGAUCGACAUCGUGGGUGAGGAUGAGCCCGAGCCCGCGAGUCGUUACACCGACCUGGGGGUCGGGGCCGAAUUGGACUCCUCAGGGGCGGACUCUUCCGCGGAGAGCGACAGCGGCUUCUGCUCCGAGAAGGCCGGUGGUGGGAGCCUGGUGAAGCCCCCUUACUCCUACAUCGCCCUUAUCACCAUGGCCAUCCUGCAGAGCCCCAUGAAGAAGCUCACCCUGAGCGGCAUCUGCGACUUUAUCAGCAACAAGUUCCCCUAUUACCGGGAGAAGUUCCCUGCUUGGCAGAACUCCAUCCGGCACAACCUGUCCCUCAACGACUGCUUCAUCAAGAUCCCCAGGGAGCCGGGCAACCCCGGCAAGGGCAACUACUGGUCCCUGGACCCGGCCUCAGAGGACAUGUUCGACAAUGGCAGCUUCCUAAGGCGCAGGAAGCGGUUCAAGAGAAAUCAGCCCGACUUCGGGAAAAAUGGAUUCGUUUUCUAUUGCCGGCCUUUCGGGCACCCGUACACGGUGCAGGGGCGCGUCACCCCGGCCGCUGUGGGCUAUGCGCCACUACGGGAUGGCGUCACGAUGCCUUCCUCGUCCUAUCACUUUUUGCCGCAAUCUCGGACCCAAGGCACUGGACCCAAAGACUUCAGAACUACAGAAACCACCGAGCGCACCAGUCGUGGCGCGCAAGCCAAGUGUUCCUUCAGUAUAGACUCUAUCAUGAGUAAACCGGCUCCUAUUAACGGGGGUUCCCAUCAGAACCCCCUCCCUCAUCGUUAUAUGUCGAACCACGUGGCCUGCUUCGUCCCCACACUCGUGGAGAACUCCAGAACUCCUUUUGGACCUUCUGCCAUGCUGGGUGAUGCCCCUUUCAUCAGUGAACAACUUAGACGUUUAUACCCACACACCUGAGGUGUUGUUAUUACUAUUAGUUUGUUAUUCUGCUUAUGUGUUGUUAUUAUUUUUAAAUUGUGUCAUUAUUUAAGACACGUGUUGCUCAUUUCUUAAAGAAAUAUUUGUGUUGCAUGAUAUUUAUGUUGACUUAAUCUCGAAGGAAUUCCUACAUAGUUUAAGAACUUUUUACCCCCCCAAAAAGAUUUGUUCUCCAGGUACCACCGUCAGACUGGAAGUACACUACCAGUUUAAAUGUUUUGAGACACUUAGCAUGCAAAAACUUUUAAGUGAUUCAGAAUUUUUGAUUGG